AUGGCAAACAAUCAACUUGCAAUCAAUUCUUUGAGAGUAUUGGAAGAACAUGAAAUCAGAAUCACGAAUCUAGAACAGAUCGCUCGUGAACAAGCUGAACUUGGAGUUAGAAUUGCGAAAUUGGAACUGAAGCUGAUAUCUAAAAAAAAUCAAGUUCAAGGAGCUCAACAUCGGCUUCAUAAUACUGGCUGGUAUAAAGACGUUAAAAAGCUCGAAGACAUUGUUAAUCGCGAUCGUCUAAAAAGAUGCAUGUGUCAAGAUAACGGAAUUUUCCUACUCGAG